AGCGUUUUCAUGUUCCACGGACUAAAUAGUCGUCUCGAUUUGGUCCAGCAAAGGAUGAAUUCCUAGCAGAAGAGUGGUUUCACGUGAUAUUGGCGUUGACGUCGACGUUGUUUUCGUUGAAGAAGAUACCGUACGGAUAUUCUCAACAUGAAACGGAGCCUGGACGGAAGAGCCAUCACUCAGGAGGAGAUCGAAGACCAUGAUCCCUUACAAGUGCAGCAGCAACAGCAAGACGAAGCUGAACAACAACAACAACAACAGCAGCAGCAACAGCAGCAACUGGAACAGCAAACUGCCCAACCACAGAUUCGAUUUUUAAGUGCAAAUGUUCUGCAGCAGCUGCAACAACAACAAGAUGUUCAGCAACAAGCGCAACAGCAACAGCAGCCACAAGUUAUUACGUUGCAGCAGCUGCAAAAUUUCGUGCCUUUACAAACUCAGCAACCACAGCAUGACCAACAGAGGGCACAAACAAUUUCUGUGCAGUCGUUGCCUCAACAGUUCUUGCAAGGUGCUCAGUUAAUUAGUACUCAAGCUCAAGCUGCGCUUCAGCAGCAACAGCAACAAACACAACAGCAGCAAGCUCAGCAACAGUCGCAACAACAGCAACCGCAGCAGCAACUUAGCUAUAGUGUAAUUCCUCAGAUGCAAACUGUUAACAUCGAUGGUCAAGAGGCGCUCUUUAUACCAUCUUCGGCUAUGUCUGCCACUGGUGGACAUCAUCAAACCCAGCCUACGAUGCAGUUUACUACAGCAAAUGGUCAGCAAGUUCAACUUGCCAGUCAGCAAGUACAAUUGGCUAAUGGUCAGACCAUCAUCACACCUCAACCUGUUAGUUUGAUAAGGGCACCUAACGUCUUUCCUACUUCUAUCAUACAAAAUAUCACCGGACAAACUGUUCAGUUACCAUCAGGGCAAAGUGUACAAGUUAGACCGCUUCAAUUUCCUAUGCAGCAUGUUCAGCAAACCGUACCUGUUCAGGUACCGGUCACUGCCAGCAAUGGGCAAACUGUGUAUCAAACGGUACAUUUUCCUGUUCAAGCGUUGUCCAGUGUGUUUAACAUGCCUGCUACGCAAAUGAUACCACAGAUUACUCAGCAAAUACCGCAAAUGGCUCAAAUAAUCACACCAAACGGACAGAUUCAACAAGUUCAAAUUGCUAACUUGCCACAACUUCAAAGUUUACAGAGCCAGCAGGUAACGCAAGUAGCUCAGCAAGUUGCUCAGCAACAAGCACAACAGCAAGUAGUUCAACAGCAAGGUCAACCGCAAGUGUUACAAUCUGUACAACAACAGCAGCAACAAGCUGCUCAAGCUCAGGUACAACAACAACAGCAACAAGUGCAACAGGUUGUUCAACAGGUAAUACAGCAACAGCAGCAGCAACAGCAACAACAAGUUCAACAGGCACAGCAACCGUCGUCUGUGCCAUCUUCCACUGUAGCAACCUGGAGUACAACUGUAUCGACUCCGAGCAACGUUCAGGUGCUUGGACUUGGUGCACUUGGUAGACCAGUAGCAACGAGUGGUAAUGUAAUCACCACGAAGGACGGUCAAAAGAUCGACGUGCAAACUUUGUCAGCUUUAACGAGGCCACCGGAAUCAGUUGAAGGUGAUAUAAAAGUAACCAGUAUCGAUGCCAGGCAAUUAGCUAGUGGUCAGGUUAUACAUAUUCCUGCUGCCCAAUCAGCACAGCAAGCUGUUCAACCUAUUACGAUCACAGGAACGCAAGGUCAACAGUUAACGUUGAUCCCUGCGUCUGCAUUAGCAAACUUAACUGCCCAACAGGGAAACAUGAUGAGAAGUGUUGGUAGCGGAAGUAUAAUGCAGCUGCAACCUGCCACGGGCAUGAACACGACCAAUGGUUUCCUUCAAUCAAUACCCGUGCAAAAUAUUCCAGGUUUGGGUAACGUGCAAGUUAUACCUGCAAGUGCGCUUCAACCAGCCACUGUACAAACCAUGCCGGCGACAGCAGCCGCGCCUAUUGUGGCCGCUCCGACGGUACAGUUGGACUCGAAUGAUUCAACGAAAUGGCAAAUUCUACAAACCCUUCAGACGAACAAUACAUUAACAACGCCCGCGCCUACCUCGCAUCAGCAUCAAGUGACCACCGCAGCCUCCACAAACGUAGAGACAGAUUCUAAUAAGCAGCAUAGAAGGAGAGUCGCUUGCACGUGUCCAAAUUGUGGCGAUGGCGACAGAAAUAGAGACAUGACCAGAAAACGGCAGCAUGUCUGUCAUAUAGCUGGGUGCAAUAAAGUCUACGGAAAGACGAGUCAUUUACGGGCUCAUUUGAGGUGGCAUACGGGCGAACGACCGUUUGUUUGUAGUUGGAUAUUUUGCGGUAAGAAAUUCACUCGAUCGGACGAGCUUCAGAGGCAUCGCAGGACUCAUACUGGCGAGAAGAGAUUUCAAUGUCCCGAGUGUACGAAGAAAUUCAUGCGAUCGGACCAUUUAACGAAACAUAUAAAAACGCACACGAAGAUUCGAAGUACGGUAAGUGAUACUCUCUCAGCAGCGUGUAAUUCAUUACUGUAACAGAAAAAUAACGACAGUCAAUCUUCUACCGAUGAGAAGAUUAUUAUUGCCCUUCAGAAGGAAACUGAACAGUCUGAAAUAGUUAUUUCUGAGCAAAUUGACGAAAUUAAGCCUCAACCAACGAAUCAUGUAACAAACGAAUAA